AUGGCCACGAUGGUGGCCCAGAAGCUCAGCCAUCUCCUGCCCAGUUUGCGGCAGGCCCACCAGGAGCCUCGGCCGGCCAGGCGGCCAGAGCCCGUGUUCACAGUGGACCGUGCCGAAGUGCCACCGCUCUUCUGGAAGCCGUACAUCUACGUGGGCUACCGGCCGCUGCAUCAGACCUGGCACUUCUACUUCCGCACGCUGUUCCAGCAGCACAACGAGGCGGUGAACGUGUGGACCCACCUGCUGGCAGCCGUCGUGCUGCUGCUGCGGCUGGCCGUCUUCGUGGGGACCGUGGGCAUCUGGGGAGACCCGCACGCGCUGCCCCUCUUCAUCCUCCUCCUCGCGUCCUUCACCUACCUCUCCUUCAGCGCCUUGGCUCACCUCCUGCAGGCCAAGUCCGAGUUCUGGCAUUACAGUUUCUUCUUCCUGGACUACGUGGGCGUGGCCGUGUACCAGUUCGGCAGCGCCCUGGCACACUUCUACUACGCCAUCGAGCCUGCCUGGCACGCCCGGGUGCAGGCCGUCUUCCUGCCCGUGGCCGCCUUUCUCGCCUGGCUUUCUUGCACUGGCUCCUGCUACAACAAGUACAUCCAGAAGCCUGGCCUGCUGGGCCGCACUUGCCAGGAGGUGCCCUCAGCGCUGGCCUACGCGCUGGACAUCAGCCCCGUGGUGCAUCGCAUCCUGGUGUCCCCUGACCCUACCUCAGACGACCCGGCUCUUCUCUACCACAAGUGCCAGGUGGUCUUCUUCCUGCUGGCCGCCGCUUUCUUCUCCACCUUCAUGCCUGAGCGCUGGUUUCCUGGCAGCUGCCACGUCUUCGGGCAGGGCCACCAGCUCUUCCAUGUCUUCCUGGUGCUGUGCACGCUGGCCCAGCUGGAGGCCGUGGCACUGGACUACGAGGCCCGGCGGCCCAUCUAUGAGCCUCUGCAUACCCGCUGGCCCCACAACUUCUCUGGCCUCUUUCUGCUCACCGUGGGCAGCAGUGUCCUGACCGCGUUCCUCCUGAGCCAGCUGGUACGGCACAGACUCAACCGGAAGGCCCAGUGAAUGGCGGGGGCGGGG